AUGGCCUACAGUGAGUCGUGCUCAGCACUAUCAUGGAGUCCCGAUGAUCAAAAUCUGCUUUCGGCCUCAAACUGCACCAUUUGUUUGUGGACGUUGCCAGGCACUGAAGCUCGCUUGGUCCUCUCCAAGCACACAGACCCCAUCACAUCGGUGGCGUGGCUGCCGGAUAGCACGCACUUUGUCUCGGCCAGCUUGGACAGGUGCAUUUUCCUCUGGAACAUUGAUGGGGCCCUGCUGCACCGAUGGGAGCUUAGCUGUCGCAUCCAAGACUUGGCCGUCACGAAAGAUGGCUCACGGCUCUUGGUCGUUGACUCUGAGAAGAGUGUGAAGGUUUUCGACCUGCAGAGCCGCAACGCCCUGGUGGCAUUGCCCGAGAGCGAUGCCGUGACCUCCAUCUGUGUUUCUCGGCUGCGGGACGAGCUCCUGGUCAAUGUGGCCCAGCAUGUCUCGGCGCUCUCGGAAGGCCCAGCCAUUCGGCUGUGGGACUUGUCCAACCGACGGGUUCUCCAACGCUACCUGGGCCACUUCCAGAGCCGCUUUGUGGUCCGGAGCUGCUUUGCUGGUGACCGGGAGGAGAUGGUGGUGAGCGGUUCGGAAGAUGCGCAGGUCUACAUUUGGCAUCGGCAUUAUGGCUCCCUCCUUCAGGUGCUAGCUGGACACUCGGCCACAGUGAAUACAGUCUGUUGGGUGCGUGCGGAGAAGGACAAUGCCUGGCUCAUUUCAGCCUCAGAUGAUGGCACCUUGCGUGUUUGGGGUUGCGAGGAAGAGUUUCGGGAGGCUCCAGAGACAGAGGCGGCCUUGGUGAGUCCUCCAAUCCGCGACAGGCCACCUGCCAUCAUGCAUCGCGCGCCGCCUCGCCUGCCGCCUCGCUCGCCCCGCGAGACCUUGAGGGCGGAAAGCCCGGGGGUCGGCAGUCAGAGUGCCCGAAGCGGUCGCAGUGCCAGAGCCACUUUGCUCACAGAGGACAGUGAUGAUGAUGGGCUGGAGAGGUGA